CUUCACACUCUCUUUCUUCUCCAGCUCCAUUUCUUCAUUUGCUAUUUUUCUCAUUCCCUCUUCUUUUUUUUUUUUUUUCUUUCUUCGGUUUGCGCCUUUUCUCCUCUCUCUCGCCUUCUCAUCUCCGCCCCACUCCCCCCCUCCUUCAUCUCUCUCCCGUCCCUUUUCCUCUUUUUCUCAACUGCCAGCUUUUCCCUCGUCUUUGGGCUGCCUCCCCCGCUCAAAAGAAGGGUAGGGAAAACCCAAAAAAAAAAAAAAAAAACAGGGAAAGAGAUUCAUAAUUGCUCCAUCUUCGUCCCUAAUUCGGUUGCUGCUGCUUGCUGGGUUAGAUUGGAUCUGGAAGUCCCUUUCAUUUCCUCUCCAACGACAUAUAUCCAGGAUACCUGUAGCCCAGCAACCAAACUAUCAAAGUGGUGGAGGUCAAAGUUAGUCGAAGUGCGGAAACACUAUGUCUGUUUCGAUGAGAGACUUGGAUCCAGCUUUUCAAGGAGCUGGACAAAAAGCUGGUCUCGAGAUAUGGCGGAUUGAAAACUUUCAUCCGGUUGCUAUUCCAAAGGCUUCUUAUGGAAAAUUCUUCAUGGGAGAUUCCUAUAUUAUUUUGAAGACUACUGCUUUAAAAAGUGGUGCCUUGCGCCAAGAUAUACACUAUUGGCUUGGCAGAGAUACCUCACAGGACGAAGCUGGUGCUGCUGCCAUAAAAGCAGUAGAGCUUGAUGCAGCUCUUGGAGGCCGUGCAGUACAGUACCGUGAAGUCCAAGGCCAUGAAACUGAGAAGUUCUUAUCUUAUUUUAAACCAUGUAUCAUACCCCAAGAAGGUGGAACAUCAUCUGGAUUCAAACAUGUUGAGGCCGAAGAGCACCAGACACGGUUAUUUGUCUGCAAAGGAAAGCAUGUCGUACAUGUAAAGGAGGCAAGUGUUCCUUUUGCUCGCUCAUCUCUAAACCAUGAUGACAUUUUCAUUCUUGAUACCACGUCCAAAAUUUUUCAAUUUAAUGGUUCCAAUUCAUCCAUACAAGAGAGGGCUAAAGCCUUAGAAGUAGUCCAAUAUAUCAAAGACACGUAUCAUGAUGGGAAAUGUGAGGUAGCUUCCAUUGAGGAUGGAAGAUUGAUGGCUGAUGCUGAAACGGGGGAGUUCUGGGGUUUCUUUGGUGGCUUUGCUCCACUUCCACGGAAAACAGCCAGUGACGAGGAUAAAUUGCCUGCUUCUGAUGAGACCAAACUAUUUUGCAUUGGAAAAGGUCAAGCUGAGCAAGUUGAAGCAGAUACUUUUACCAGAGAGUUGCUAGACACAAACAAAUGUUUUGUUCUUGAUUGUGGAGUGGAAGUCUUUGUAUGGAUGGGAAGAAACACCAAUCUCGAUGAAAGGAAGAAUGCAAGCAAAACAGCAGAAGAGAUAGUUCACAAGGCUGAUCGACCAAAGUCCCACAUAAUCCGAGUGAUGGAGGGUUUUGAGACUGUCAUGUUCAGGUCAAAGUUUACAUCCUGGCCCAAGACGGCUGAUGUAGCUGUAGCCGAGGAUGGCAGAGGGAAAGUUGCAGCACUUCUAAAACGCCAGGGGCUAAAUGUCAAGGGCCUUGUGAAAUCCGCCCCUUCAAAGGAAGAAGAGCCACAGCCACAUAUCGACGUCACAGGAAAUUUGCAGGUCUGGAGAGUGAAUGGAGAAGACAAGGUUCUCCUUCCAGCUUCAGAUCAGUUUAAGUUCUACAGUGGGGAUUGCUACGUUUUCCAAUAUUCGUAUCCGGGAGAAGACAGAGAGGAGUAUCUUAUUGGAACAUGGCUUGGGAAGCAGAGCGUCGAGGAGGAAAGAGCUUCUGCUGUUUCACACGCAGGCAAAAUGGUCGAGUCACUGAAGUUUCUGACAGCCCAGGCUCGCAUCUAUGAAGGAGCGGAAACUAUUCAGUUCCUUUCAGUUUUUCAGUGUUUUAUUGUCUUUAAGGGUGGUCUAAGUGCUGGCUACAAGAAGCAUAUCGAGGAUAAUGAACUCACAGAUGACACAUACAGUGAGGAUGGUUCAGCAUUAUUCCGGAUUCAGGGAACUGGCCCGGAAAAUAUGCAAGCAAUACAAGUUGAACCAGUAGCAUCAUCUUUGAACUCCUCCUACUGCUAUAUAUUACACAACGGCCCAACAGUCUUUACAUGGUCUGGAAACCUUACUUCCACUGAGGACCAGGAAGUUGUUGAGAGACAACUAGAUCUGAUAAAGCCAAAUUUGCAAUCAAAGCCGCAAAAGGAAGGAUCAGAAUCUGAGCAAUUUUGGGAUCUUUUGGGUGGGAAAACUGAACAUUCUAGUCAAAAAAUUGCAAAGGAAGCUGAGACCGAUCCUCAUCUAUUCUCUUGCACAUUCUCAAAAGAAGGAAAGCUGAAGGCAACUGAGAUAUAUAACUUCAACCAGGAUGAUCUAAUGACAGAAGAUAUGUUCAUCCUUGAUUGUCACUCUGAAAUAUUUGUAUGGGUGGGGCAGCAGGUUGACUCCAAGAGCAAAACACAAGCUUUGUCUAUAGGCGAGAAAUUUGUUGAGAAUGACUUCCUGUUGGAAAAGUUAUCCCACGAAACUCCAAUUUACGUAGUCAUGGAAGGGAGUGAGCCAGCUUUCUUCACGCGCUUCUUCACAUGGGAUUCAGCAAAAUCUGCAAUGGUUGGAAACUCGUUCCAGAGGAGACUCACCAUUCUGAAAGGCGGAACGCCAAUUAUAGAUAAACCGAAAAGGAGACCAGCAUCGUCGUAUGGUGGGAGGUCAGGCGGCGCUGAGAAAUCACAACGUUCCAGAAGUGUGUCAUUCAGUCCUGAAAGAGCGCGUGCAAGGGGAAGAUCUCCAGCUUUCAAUGCUCUGGCUGCUACGUUUGAGAAUGCUAAUGCUCGGAACCUAUCUACUCCACCACCAAUGGGUCGUAAAAUUUAUCCCAAAUCUGGUAGCGCAAGUCCAGAUUCUUCGAAGCUGGCUUCCAAGUCUGCCGCCAUAGCAGCACUCACCGCAACUUUUGAACAACCAUUGCCAGCGCGAAAAAUGAUCAUGGCGAGAACAGUAAAGGUAGCAAGUCCGAAAGCAACACCCGAGUCAGAGUCCAAAGGAGAGGACUCUAUGAGCAGCAGGAUUGAAUCGUUGACAAUAAAGGAAGAUGUGAAGGAGAAUGAACAUGAGGAUGAGGAAGGGCUCCCGAUUUAUCCAUACGAGCGCCUUACAGUAAAUGCAGAAGAUCCUGUUGCCGAGAUUGAUGUGACAAAGCGUGAGACUUACCUAUCAUCUUCGGAGUUCAAGGACAAAUUCGGGAUGGGUAAGGAUGCAUUCUACAAGUUGCCGAAAUGGAAACAGAACAAGCUCAAGAUGGCACUUCAAUUGUUCUGAGCUUGCAUGCUCCAUUGCAUCUGGUUAUUUUCGGCUUUGCGUCUCCAUAGUGGAGGUUGCAGUCUGAGGACUUUGGUUGAGGAAGGGACAGCAAUCAAUGCAUUUUUAGCUGCUUCUGAUCCCCCACCCAGCAAGCUCUCUAUCUUGUUUGUCGACUGAUGGAAGGAAGUUAACGUACAAUUUCCCCCCUAUACAUAUUUUUUGGGUUAUCCGGUGGUGGGUUGAUUUGCUUCUUUAGCUCUUUCUUGAUUUAUUCGUUUUGGUAAUAUAUUUAUAUUAGGCAGGUGUUUGGUUUUCCUCUUCUUUAAAUUAUUAUUCUUUUUGGCUGUAAUGAGGUCACAACAGAUGAACAGAACCAAAGUUUACGUGCGAGCUUUCUUUCGGUUGAUUGCGGGGUUGGGGUUCUGGUUUUUUUCUUCUUUCCUAUGACCAUUUGAUUGAAGAAGAAGGAAUUGAUGUUAGCUUGAGUGAGGUAGCUAUAAAAUCAGGACAGGAGUCUUUAGUUUCACGUUUCUGGCCAAGUGUAUUAUUCCAUGUCUCAAUAUAUGGGGGAUGGAAGUGUGUUUCUCUUUUGUAUAGCAUAAUGUGAUAGAAACAGAAAAAGAAAACGCUUUUGUACUAUCUCUCUCCACUUUUCUCGGGUAUGGCAUCGGUUAAUAUUUCUGUAUGGCCUGGACUUUGAUCAAAAUAAACAUUCUAGCCAAUCUUUUCAAUUUAUAACAUCCUGGCCCGAACUAUACAUCAAAAUAAACAAUUUGGCCAGAUACGACUUUUGACCGUUAACUUGGACGGUCAAAUGCGUUGACUAAUGGUCAACGCGCCAUGUCAUUGCCAACUGAACAAAUUUCAAAUUUUUUUAAUUUACACCUAUUUCCAUUUUCUUUCUUUUAUCAUUUUGAACGAAAAAAAUAAUAAAUU